GGAUGGUCGAUGCGACCGUCGCUUCUCCCAAAAUUGACGACACCCAUCGCUGCUAAACCCUAGGACGACCGCCAGAGAAGUCGCAUACCAGAGCAGGGGUCCCAUCAGAGUCCUGUCGCUGCUAAGCCCUAGGACGAGCGCGCCUAGAUUGCAGCCGCCGCGCGAUGCCGCCAUUGCCUAAUAACUCCAGGUACAGGGCCUACGUCUCUAUUAUCGCAGCCUUGCUCCGUCGCACUCUUCACUGCCUCACCUGCCUCGAACGCAAAAGAUGAGCAGGGCAGAGGGAGAACAACAUGUUCCCAGCGUUAGCUUUGAGUCACAGACUUUUGUUGAUGACACAAGUGCUUUGGUCACCGAAUUGACAUUGAUUUCAAGGAAGUGCAGUCGCUGCCUCGAGACAGUCAUCUUGGACGACAUUGAGAGACCACAACAGCUGAAAUCGACCCCCCUAACAACAAUGUUCCCAACCCACCGAAGUCUUUCCGUGCAGCAGUCCUUGGCCAACCAGAAUGGUUCAUGGCGGCAGACGAGGAAAUCUCCCAACUUCUUGUAAACUGACAAAGGAGGAGAAUCCCCGCUGCCCUAGGGUUGCCUUUUCUAAAGAAGAAAUGUCGUAUUUCUUCAAACCAUGGUCCAAGGCCCUCAGUGUGAGUGUGUUUGAGAAAACAUACUAUUUUCUGGCUAUCAAGCGAAGACUUGAAUCGCUAUGGGCGGUUACUGGCGCAAUUCAGGUCACAGACAUGUCAAACUAUUGUUAUGUUGUUCAGUUUGAAUCAAAGACGGGUUACCUCAAGGCAGCAUAUGGUGAACCAUUCAAAAUCUUUGAUUACUACAUCACAAUGUCAUUCUGGACAUCGGAUUUCGAUGUCCAUCUGCCAUUGAGGCGUUUACUGACUUGGAUCCUAUUGCCAGAUAUUCAUCUGCACUAUUUCAGUGAAAAGGCAGUUACACGAAUUGUGGCAUACGUGGGCAAGCCAAUUUUGAGUGGACGUGGCGACCUCUAAUGACAUCGUAAUCACAUUAUUUUACUUUGUCAUAUGAUGACAUUGAUUAAAACAAUGGCAUUAAUUACAUGACAUUGUCAUAUAAUGACACUGACUUUUAAACAAUGACAUUAAAUUUUAAACAAAGACAUUAUAUUACAUUGUCAUAUAAUGUCAUUGCUUUCUAAACGGUGACAUUGAUUAUUGAAAUAUAACAUCAUCUUACAUUAUCA